AUGACAAAAACAGUUUACGCUCGUAUUUGUGGCCUGCUGCCACUAUUUUCGACCACAAAAUUGAAUUGUUCGUGUAAGCCGAUGAUGCUGAUGACAAUGGCAGAAGGAGAAGCAAUAGGAGGACCAUUUUUGGGCAUCGAUUGCAGGAAUGAAAUGAAGCCAGCCUAUCCAGAGACCCUCUGCAUCGGCGGCCAUGCUGCUCAGUACUACUUCAUGGACACUGGCAAAAAUAAAGGAUGCAUUGUCCACAAACACACAACAUAG